CUCUUUGUCAUUGUCUGUGCCACGAAACCGCACCAAGUCAAGGGAUCAAGGGCAGAGCUUGCAAGGAAGCAUUCAUGGGCUGCAGAGCUUGCGAGAAGCCGAAGGUGAACUAUAAGAAAGGGCUGUGGUCGCCUGACGAGGACCAAAGACUCAGGGAUUAUGUGCUUAGCCAUGGCCUCAGCUGCUGGAGCGCAAUCCCUGCCAAAGCUGGUUUGCAACGCGAUGGGAAGAGUUGCAGGUUGAGGUGGAUCAAUUAUCUAAGGCCAGGCCUGAAACGUGGCAAUUUUGCUACGGAAGAGGAGGAAACGAUCAUGAAACUUCAAGCCCAGUUGGGAAACAAGUGGUCACAGAUAGCAACGCACCUCCCUGGAAGAACCGAUAACGAAGUGAAAAACUACUGGAAUUCGCAUCUGAAAAAGAAAGUUUUACUGAAGUCUCAGAAACCUGAAACCCCUACUUGUGCGAGCUCCUCCUCUUCAGACUGCACCAACCAAAGACCAGUACUUAAGUAUGAAGGCUCACAUGGGCAGACUCUUUCAAUCGCAGAGCAUGCUGACUUGAGUCGAUCUGUCAAUGCACGUGAAGCUGCACAGUAUGACUUGCCCAGAGUCUUCUUUGGAGACUGGUGCUUUUUAAAUUUCGAUCCUGACAGGGGUGAUGAAGGUCUGUUUAGCUUGCAGGACUCCAGUUCCCAGGCAGGGAUUUACAAGUCGGGAUCAAAACCAGCAGUAACAGAAGUUGAUGAUGGAUUUGGAGUACAGCAUAAGGGAAUGAAUCAGAUUCAAGAUAUGAUGUUUGAUGCAUUGUUCCCUGGUAUAGUUUAUGAAAGGAUGGGUACUGGGACAGGGUUUUUGUGAUUUAUCUUGGGCACUCUUUUGUAAUAUUUUUGUU